GGAGGGAGGGGGCGGGGGUGGCCCGGUGCAAAGUGCAUCCCGAAAGCCCCCUGUCCGGAGACCCCGCGGCUGACACUUCGCACCCCGUCUGACCUGGGACUUCGCUGUCCCGAGACCUCCUGGUUCCCUCGGUGGCUGGAAGCCUCCGGCCCGGAGCGCGGCAGCCCCUUGCUCCGAGCCCCUGCACCGGGACUGCCCCCCCUCCCGAGCUAGGACUUCCUCCCUGCACCCCUGCCCCGAGGCUGCCGGCGGGCGAGACCGCCACCCUCUCUCCUCGGCCGUCUGGAUGCUCUCCGAGCUGGGGCCGUGAGGCACGGAGGAGGCGCAGGAACCCCGUGUCCGGCCCUGCCCGGGCUGUUUCUUCAAUGGAGAAGUUGGUGAGUGUGGAGGAAGCGGAAAGGAGGCAGAGGAGCAGCCGCUGAAGGGACAGGUCUCAGCCAGCUGCAGGAGACUGGGGUGCUGCAGGGGUCGGCCCGCCCACCGGAGAAGCUGCAGGCGGAGUACCUGGGACCUGCAUCCUCUGAAGGUACAGAAGGCUCUUUCACUCCUGACCAGGCCGCGUCUGAUCCCCUCCCUCAGGAUGCUGUGUGUGCACAAUGGUUGUUAGGCAAUCCACCUGUCAUGAGAAGGGACACGCUAUCGUAAGGCCAUUCCCGGUGACCUGAUGCAUCCUUUGUGACCAGCGGACUCAGCUAGGAUGUUACACCACCACUGUCGGAGGAACCCUGAGCUCCAGGAAGAACUGCAGAUCCAGGCUGCCGUGGCCGCCGGGGAUGUGCACACGGUGCGGAAGAUGUUAGAACAAGGCUACUCCCCGAACGGCCGCGACGCCAACGGCUGGACCCUGCUCCACUUCUCCGCAGCAAGAGGGAAGGAGAGGUGUGUCCGGGUGUUUCUAGAACACGGAGCCGACCCCACGGUGAAGGACUUAAUCGGAGGCUUCACCGCUCUGCACUACGCAGCCAUGCACGGCCGGGCCCGCAUCGCGCGCCUGAUGCUGGAAUCCGAGUACCGGAGCGACAUCAUCAACGCCAAGAGCAACGACGGCUGGACUCCCCUCCACGUGGCCGCCCACUACGGCCGGGACUCGUUCGUCCGCCUCCUGCUGGAGUUCAAGGCCGAGGUGGACCCGCUGAGCGACAAGGGCACGACGCCCCUGCAGCUGGCCAUCAUCCGCGAGCGCUCCAGCUGCGUGAAGAUCCUGCUGGACCACAGCGCCAACAUCGACAUCCAGAACGGCUUCCUGCUGCGCUACGCCGUCAUCAAGAGCAAUCACUCCUACUGCCGGAUGUUCCUGCAGAGGGGGGCCGACACAAACCUGGGGCGCUUAGAAGACGGGCAGACGCCUUUGCACCUGUCCGCCCUGCGGGACGAUGUGCUGUGUGCGCGGAUGCUGUACAACUACGGCGCGGGCACCAACACCAGGAACUACGAGGGCCAGACCCCGCUGGCCGUGUCCAUCAGCAUCUCUGGCAGCAGUCGGCCGUGCCUGGAUUUCUUACAGGAAGUCACACGACAGCCCAGGAACUUACAGGACCUGUGCCGAAUUCAAAUCCGACAAUGUAUAGGCCUUCAGAACCUAAAGUUACUUGACGAACUACCAAUUGCCAAGGUCAUGAAAGACUACUUAAAACACAAAUUCGAUGACAUCUGAUACUGCAGAACUUUGAGCGAGGAGGAGGAGUCCUCUCCCAGAUACUGAAAAGGCUUCUCUGCCUUGCACAAAGUAUACCCCUAUGCAAUUUCUGAUUUUGCCGUGAAGUCAGAAAGCAGGUAUACACUUUUCGUUGUUUUUUUUUUUUCGUUCGUUUGUUUGGUUUUCAUUGUAGGGGAGGGAUGUAGAUAUAUUUAUAUAAAUAUAUCAAGGUGUAUAUAUUUAUAUAACUAUAUCAAAGCACACACCACCACAUUCUCGAUGGGUCUUAAUUUGGUUUCUCGGUCCAACUUUCAGAGGUCCAGGCUUUGUAUUCAACACCACAGUUAGAGACACGGUUUUCCUAACACGACACAAGCGGGUUUGGAGUGCAGAGUGUACCGUUUCUAAGCGGACGGAAUCGCAUUUUCAUUGGCAAGCCACGGGGUCAGAAACCAACAGAGCACUUGUUAAAGAUGCAAAUCAUAAUUGUACCCAGGGGGAGGUGAGGUCCUGGGUUAUACUGGAAAAUGCCCUCAGAACCUUCUUUUUUUUUUUUUUUUUUUUUUUUUUUUAAGUCAUGCUGUCACCUCCUUCAUUUUAAAUGAGUACAGAUUGGCCGUUUCAAACUGUUCUUUCUCCUAAUUAAUAUAGCUUUGGGAUGACAUCAAUCCAGGACCUCUGCUUUUCUUCUGGUGUGCUCCUGUUUUAAAUUUAUUUUUCUAAACCAACUCUCGUACACUACCACGAGAUGGUGCGUCUCCACCUCUGUCUCUCAUGGCACUGUGCUAUUCAAAAAAAAAAAAAAAAAAAAUGAACGGGAAAGAAAAGAACUUUAUAAAGCCAGUGUAUUCUGUUUUGUUUUGUUUUGUUUUUUUUUUAAUGGUGCCUCUGGUGCAAUACUCUUUGUUUUUUUCCUUUUUUUUCCCUCCCCCUGUCGUAUCUCAUGCAUUAUCUCCCUUGGCGUUUACCAUCCUGCAGCCGGCUUUGACAUGCCCGUAAGGACAAGAAUCACUGCUUUCGUUCUCAUGCCUGAACCACAGUAGGUUAGUCGUGGUCCCCACUUGUAAGCUCUGUCUUUUGCCUUCCUUUGAAGCAGCACGUUUCAUAUGCUGGUUGGAGAACGUUCCUUCAAAACAACCCCAGAUAGCGUUAACCCGUUUGUCUCGAAUGGUUAAAUAAUUUGGUGUGGUUUCAUGGUGGUUUUUUUUUUUUUUUCUUUUCUUUUCUUUCCUUUUCUUUUUUAAUUCCCACUUUGAAAAAAAGAAAAAAAAAAAAACACAAAAAAAUAAUAAUAAGUGUUAAGAUCUCUAAUGGGUGCUCAUGUGUAGGUCUGGCUCUUUCCUAAUGAAACAUUUCCCCGUCCGUGUUAAGGUAAUAUGGUUUUUUAUAUACAGCUCUUUCAGGGCAGGUAUUUUGCUUGGAGAGUUGAUAGGGCAAGUGUUUGCAGUGGGGACACAGAUGCGAUAAAGCGUCAGGAAGACCGGCCAGAAGAUUCCAGAGACAUUAGGGCACCUGGGGGAGGAGGGUGAUGCACUCGGACAUGGGUCGUCAUGCAAGAUUCAGAGGAAACUUCUCCAGCGUCCCAGGAUCGGUGUUAAUCCUCUGGGAUACUUCAGAGUAUCUCGCACGCCAUUCCUAAGUUCGUUAUCAGAAGUUUACAAGAUGGAGGGUCUCUCUUUCCUUGUCUGCAUCUGCAGCUUUAAGUCCUAAAGUGCAAAGCAGUUUCACCCAGACGUAGAACCAAGCCCAGGGAGGAGUCUACACUGGCCCUCCCUCACGCAGACCCAGCCGUGCUGUUCUCUCCAGCAUGGUGUUCAUGGCUGGGAGACAGAAGAGCCGUGGCAGCAGAUAGGGUCUGAUCUCACUGGGUCCAGCCAGAGCCAGGGUGUCCGAGGAGUAUUUGGGGCGGAGGGGGAUGGCCGAGAUGGUCCACAGACUCUGGCAGGCAGUUUAAUAACCGUCCCCAAACUCUAGCUGGGCCUGCUGAGUGGAAGUGAGCAGUCUCUCCUUUUCCCUAGAACACACCAUCGUCAGAAGGAGAGAGUUCCUUGUGAAGAUUGUUGC